AUUUCAUAGAUGGAGCAGAGGUGAGUAAAUCCCUGUAUGUAGGCUGUUAGCUCUGGCAAUAGGUUGGAAAGACUGUUGAAGGUAGCCAUUUAAAUGGAGUUUGGAAUUAUCGAUCGUCUUCAAUCAUCCAUGGUAAGUCUCCCUACAAAAGCAGCAUGUGCACAGAAUUAACAAGGGAGAGGCAGCCCUGAAGAUGGUUCCACAGCCCGGCCUGGCCUUGUAUCACUUGGCUCAUUGCUGCCUCCUUUCCUCACCUUUGAAACAGUAACUACCACCUGCUUUAACUUUGGUUUGGUGCUUCACCAGCAAUUUUGUGCGGUGUAUAAUCUUUUAUUGCAUUAGGUGAUGUAAUAACUUAGUGAAAACAUUUUUGGGCAGCAUUUUUCUAAUGUUGUAGUGCUGUGAAUAUAUCUUUUAUGAGCCCUAUUUACUCCCUAUUGUGAAUGGUUAUAAAUUACUCUAAACUCCCUCUCCACACAUCUUUUUCCCCUUUCUUCAUUUUUUGAAGUCAAAUUUUCACUUUCUUUAAUGCAGGCAUGAAGAAAACCCUGCAGGAUGAGAUUGAAGGUAUUCUGCAGGAGAGGAUCAUGGUGCUGGAUGGAGGGAUGGGGACCAUGAUCCAGCGGCACAAGCUGAGUGAAGAAGACUUUCGAGGUCAGGAAUUUAAAGACCAUGCCAGGCCACUGAAAGGCAACAAUGACAUUCUAAGUAUAACUCAACCUGAUGUCAUUUAUCAAAUCCAUAAGGAUUACUUGCUGGCUGGGGCAGAUAUCAUUGAAACAAACACUUUUAGCAGCACUCAUGUUGCCCAAGCUGACUAUGGCCUGGAACACUUGGCCUACCGGAUGAACAAGUGCUCUGCGGCAGUGGCCAGAAAAGCAGCCGAGGAGAUAACUCUCCAGACAGGAAUUAAGAGGUUUGUGGCAGGAGCUCUGGGUCCAACUAAUAAGACACUCUCUGUGUCCCCGUCUGUGGAAAGACCAGAUUACAGGAACAUCACUUUUGAUGAGCUCGUUGAGGCAUACAAAGAGCAGGCCCAAGGGCUUCUAGAUGGCGGGGUCGAUAUCUUACUCGUUGAAACUAUUUUUGAUACUGCCAAUGCCAAGGCAGCCUUGUUUGCACUCCAGGAGCUUUUUGAAGAGACGUAUGCUCCCCGGCCUAUCUUUAUUUCAGGAACAAUUGUCGAUAAAAGUGGGCGGACGCUUUCUGGACAGACGGGAGAGGCAUUUGUCAUCAGUGUGUCUCACGCAGACCCACUCUGCAUUGGAUUGAAUUGUGCUCUGGGUGCAGCUGAAAUGAGACCUUUUAUUGAAACAAUUGGAAAAUGGACAACAGCCUAUGUCCUCUGCUAUCCCAAUGCAGGUCUUCCCAACACCUUCGGUGACUAUGACGAAACUCCGCACAUGAUGGCCACGCACUUAAAGGACUUUGCUAUAAAUGGCUUGGUCAAUAUUGUUGGUGGAUGCUGUGGUACGACACCAGAUCAUAUCAGGGAAAUUGCUGAAGCUGUGAAAAACUGUAAGCCUCGGGUUCCACCUGCCACUGUUUCAGAAGGGCAUAUGUCACUGUCUGGUCUGGAGCCCUUCAGGAUUGGACCCUACACCAACUUCGUUAACAUUGGAGAGCGCUGUAACGUGGCCGGAUCCCGGAAGUUUGCGAAACUCAUCAUGGCAGGAAACUUUGAGGAAGGUCUGAGUGUUGCCAGAGAGCAGGUGGAAAUGGGAGCCCAGGUGCUAGAUAUCAACAUGGAUGACGGAAUGCUCGAUGGCCCAAGUGCAAUGACCAGAUUCUGCAACCUCAUUGCUUCCGAGCCUGACAUUGCCAAGGUGCCCUUGUGCAUUGACUCUUCCAAUUUUGCUGUGAUUGAAGCUGGCCUGAAGUGCUGCCAGGGCAAGUGCAUCGUCAACAGCAUCAGUCUGAAGGAGGGGGAGGGGGACUUCCUGGAGAAGGCUAGGAUUAUCAAGAAGUUUGGUGCUGCUGUGGUCGUCAUGGCUUUUGACGAAGAGGGACAGGCGACAGAAACGGACAACAAAAUCAGAGUGUGCACCCGGGCCUACCAUCUACUUGUGGAAAAACUGGGCUUCAAUCCAAAUGACAUCAUAUUUGACCCUAACAUCCUCACCAUUGGUACUGGGAUGGAAGAGCACAACUUGUAUGCUGUUAAUUUUAUCAAUGCAACAAAAGUCAUUAAACGAACGUUACCUGGAGCCAAAAUAAGCGGCGGGCUUUCCAACUUGUCCUUCUCCUUCCGAGGAAUGGAAGCCGUUCGGGAAGCCAUGCACAGCGUUUUCCUUUACCACGCAAUCCGGUUUGGUAUGGACAUGGCGAUAGUGAAUGCUGGGAACCUCCCCGUGUAUGACGACAUCCACAAGGAACUGCUCCAGCUCUGUGAAGAUCUCAUCUGGAACAAAGACCCCCAGGCUACUGAGAAGCUCUUACAUUACGCCCAGACUCACAGCAAAGGAGGGAAGACAGCCGUGCAGACCGAUGAGUGGAGGACUGGCCCCAUCGAAGAUCGCCUGGAGUAUGCCCUCGUGAAGGGCAUUGAAAAACAUAUUAUUGAGGAUACGGAGGAAGCCAGGUUAAACCAGGAAAAAUAUCCCCGGCCUCUGAAUAUAAUUGAAGGGCCUCUGAUGAAUGGCAUGAAAGUCGUUGGUGAUCUUUUUGGAGCUGGAAAAAUGUUUCUGCCUCAGGUCAUAAAGUCAGCUCGGGUCAUGAAGAAGGCUGUGGGCCACCUCACCCCCUUCAUGGAGGAAGAAAGGAAAGAAGCUCAGGGGCUCACUGGUGCAGUGGAAGAAGAGACACAUUACCAAGGCACCGUUGUGCUGGCCACUGUUAAAGGCGACGUGCAUGACAUAGGCAAGAACAUAGUUGGGGUAGUUCUCAGCUGCAACAAUUUUAGAGUUAUUGACCUAGGAGUCAUGACUCCCUGUGAUAAGAUCCUGAAAGCAGCUCUGGACCACAAAGCAGACAUAAUUGGCCUGUCGGGACUCAUCACUCCUUCCCUGGAUGAAAUGAUAUUUGUUGCCAAGGAAAUGGAGAGACUGGCCAUAAAGAUCCCGUUGUUGAUUGGAGGGGCAACUACUUCGCGGACUCACACGGCAGUUAAAAUCGCCCCCAGGUACAGUGCACCUGUGAUCCACGUCCUGGACGCAUCCAAGAGCGUGGUGGUGUGUUCUCAACUGUUAGAUGAGAAUCUAAAAGAUGAGUACUUUGAGGAGAUCGCAGAAGAAUAUGAAGAUCUUAGACAGGACCACUAUGAGUCUCUCAAGGAGAGAAGAUACUUAACCCUGAGUCAAGCUAGAAAAAACAGUUUCCAUAUUGACUGGCUGUCCGAGCCUCACCCAGUGAAGCCCACGUUUCUUGGGACUCGGGUCUUUGAAGACUAUGACCUGCAGAAGCUGGUGGACUACAUCGACUGGAAGCCUUUCUUUGAUGUGUGGCAGCUCCGGGGCAAGUACCCGAAUCGAGGCUUCCCCAGGAUAUUUCAGGACAAGACUAUUGGUGAAGAGGCCAAAAAAGUCUAUGAUGAUGCCCAGAAUAUGCUGAGAGCACUGAUUAGUGCGAAGAAACUGCAGGCCAGGGGCGUGGUUGGGUUCUGGCCAGCGCAGAGCGUCCAGGACGACAUUCACCUGUACACAGUGGGCUCCGAGCCCCAGGCUGCCCAGCCCAUAGCCACCUUUUAUGGGCUGAGGCAACAGGCUGAGAAGGACUCCACCAGCACAGACCCGUACCUCUGCCUCUCAGACUUCAUUGCGCCACUGCACUCGGGCCUCCGAGACUACCUGGGCCUGUUUGCUGUCGCCUGCUUUGGGGUGGAGGAGCUGAGCCGAGCCUACGAGGAGCAGUGUGAUGACUAUAGCAGCAUCAUGGUCAAGGCACUGGGGGACCGGCUGGCAGAGGCCUUUGCGGAGGAGCUCCAUGAGAGGGUCCGCAGAGAACUGUGGGCCUACUGCGGCAGUGAGCAGCUGGACGUCGCGGACCUGCGAAGGCUACGCUAUGGGGGCAUCCGCCCGGCUCCUGGCUACCCCAGCCAGCCUGACCACACCGAGAAGCUCACCAUGUGGAAGCUGGCGGACAUCGAGCAGUGCACAGGCAUCCGGUUAACAGAGUCGUUGGCAAUGGCGCCUGCUUCGGCCGUGUCUGGCCUCUACUUCUCCAAUUUGAAGUCCAAAUAUUUUGCUGUAGGGAAGAUUUCCAAGGAUCAGGUUGAGGAUUAUGCCCUGAGGAAGAACAUGUCUGUGGCUGAGGUCGAGAAAUGGCUUGGACCCAUUUUGGGUUAUGACACAGACUAACUUUCUGUUUUUUACCUUUUCUGCACUUGAUGAUCCUCAAGGAAAUAUAGUUCAGAAUGCCUUAAAAACCAGCGGUACACAAGCCCGUCUGCCUCUGGCCAACAUCUGCACUGCUUUGUAUUUGUAAGACUCUGGUGAGCCUCAGAGGAGCAGCAUCUCCUUUGGCUCCUGGAGAUCAAGCUGCUGUUUGUCAGGCCCUUCACAGCAGUGAGCAGACCUGGCCGGGCCCGGUUGGGGAUAAGCCUGAGAUGGAAGUCUUUCGCAUUUCAAAGCAAGUAAACUCGCUGUUUUCAUUUUUACUUUGGACCUAGGACACUUAUUGUUGGUUUUAACUCUCAGAGCAAUGGCCGAGACUCAGUUGAAUAGAGCAUGUGACCCUGUGGCAAAAUGGCGCUGUGAGAAAUGGGGUGUUUUAAUUGUGGUAACAACACUGGACUCUGACAGGAAAGAAAGGAUAACUGCUCUUUUUCCUGAAGACCUCAUCUUCUAAAGGCUCAUUUAAAGGUGGCAGAGGUCCCUUUGGCAAAGGCACAUCUCACUGCUGGCUUGUCAGAAAGCCUCUAGCCAUUUGUGCUAGUGUGGUCAAAUACAGUCAUGUUCUCCAAGCA